UCCGCUUCUCAGCAGCAGAGCAGAGCAGAGCAGAUCACUUCACACCUAGCACAUCAACCAGAUCUGUGCUCUUCCCAUGCACCUUCUGUGAACUUCUCCCAGAUUUUGUUUCUUUGUUUGUUUGUUUGUUUGUUUGUUUGUUUGUUCCCAGCCUGCUGUAAUUCCGGAGCGCAAAGCCGGUUGCUGGAUUUGUUUGUGCGGAAAUGUUGAUAAAGUUGAUCGCGUUGUGGAUUUUCUGGAUCGGUGUGAGCGCAGAGUUUGAUGGAAGGUGGCCCAGGCAGAUGGCCUCGUCCAAUGGUCUGUGCCGCUACGGCACUCGCAUCGAUUGCUGCUGGGGCUGGACACGGCGCUCCUGGGGGCAUUGCCAGCCUCUCUACGCCCUAACCAACAGCGUAAUCGGGAUAAGGUGCCAAGCCAAAGCUCUGUGUCAGCAUGGAUGCAAGCAUGGAGACUGUAUCGGACCCAACAAGUGCAAGUGUCACCCUGGUUUUACAGGAAAGACCUGCAACCAAGAACAGCAGGAUUAUGUAAACCCCUCAAUCUGGGACAGUCUCCCUCCUCUAUUUGUUCCUAUGGACCAUCCGGCAGUGGGGGUGCCUCCGGAGGAUCUGAACGAGUGUGGCCUGAAGCCUCGACCCUGUAAACACAGGUGCAUGAACACAUACGGCAGCUACAAGUGCUACUGCCUCAACGGCUACAUGCUUCAGCCUGACGGGACCUGCGGAAAUGCACGGACAUGCAGUAUGGCUAACUGCCAGUACGGCUGUGAGGUGAUGAAAGGGGAAGUUCGAUGCCAGUGUCCAUCUCCCGGCCUACAGCUCGCCCCAGAUGGCAGGACAUGCGUGGACGUGGACGAGUGCGCCACAGGCCGCAGCGUUUGCCCACGCUUCCGAAAGUGCAUCAACACAUUCGGGAGUUACAUCUGCAAGUGUCACGAUGGCUUCGACCUGCAGUACAUCAAUGGCAAAUACCAGUGUUUAGACAUCGAUGAGUGCUUGACUGGGCAACACCAGUGUAGUGCAUUCUCCACCUGCUACAACACACCAGGCUCCUUCAAGUGCAAGUGCAAGGACGGUUUCCGAGGCGGAACGGGUCACGAGUGCAAACCCAUUCCCAGAGUGAUCAUCGAGCCUCCCCGACCAGGAAAGAUCCCACCUGGGAACAACAGAAUUCCAGAUACAGACAAAAAGAGGACCACUACUACUGUUCAACCACCAGUGACUGCCAAGAGGAUUUCUCCAAGCACACCAACCACCAAAACACCUUUAAAGAAAAUCACCCCAACACCCAAAAAGCCAACCAUCCCUACACGUAAACCACCUACAACCUCACACAAACUUCCCACUGUUGUCACCCAUAAGCCCCAUGUCACACAUCAUCGUCCCACCACCACCAUCAUCACCACCACCACCACCACCACCAGCACAACCACUAAAUCCCCAGCUACAACACCAAGGGUGCCAGCUACCCCUCCAGUUACUCCCUUGGACAACAACAUCCAUAAAGACAACAACGAAAAACAGAGGGGUGAUGUCCACAUACCUCGGAAUAAUGGAGAUAACAAUGUUCUCGGGACCGAUUUAGACAUUGAACUGGGUAACACUGAAGAUGAGCUAAAAGACGACCCAGAGGCUGGGUUUCUGAGCUGCUCCUUUGAUCAGGGCCUCUGCGACUGGAUCCAGCACAAAGAGGGAGACGUGCACUGGGAGACAGUACCAGACCCUUCAGGUGGAAAGUAUCUGACCAUCUCUGAAGCACCAGGUAAACGGAGCGGCCGUGGAGCUCAGCUCAUUCUUCCUUUGACAUCUCCCUGGAGCGAGGGCAACCUGUGUCUGGCUUUCCGGCACAAGUUGGCAGGUCACCACGUAGGCAUGCUGCAGGUGUUUGUGCAGAAAGGCAGACAGCACAGUCCGGCAGUGUGGGGUCGCACAGGAGGCAGUGGCUGGAGGACGACACAGAUCACACUGUGGGGCAACGGCCUGGAGAGUGUGAUUGUGAAGGGUGAACGACGGAGAGGCCACACUGGCGAAAUGGUUCUGGAUGACAUCAGUCUUAGGAAAGGAGUCUGUCAGGAAGAACACAACCUGAGGAGACUCUAACAAACAAAAACAAAACACAAAUGGAAAACCUUUUCGCCUGACGAUUCGCUUAAGAAAGAAAAGUGAGAACUGCUUUCUCGUGGACUUCCCUCGAGAUUACGAGAGCGCCUCCUACAGCGGACAAACGCCUGCUAUGCCUACUCUAGGGGGAACAAAUUGUGUACGGAAUAAAGAAAUUCAGUAGUUUUGAAAACAAGGAAAAUGUGCCAAUUUCUUUUUCGAAAUGUCAUACACUUCCGUAUGAUUUCCAAUGAGACAAGAGGAAAAACGGACCCGGCUGUGCCACGGCCACACGUUUGCUCUUGAGACUGCCAUUUUAAAGCCUUUUUUUUUUUUUUUUUUUUAAACAGAACAAAAACUACCCAACGAGAGCAUUGUGUGCUUAAACACGACCCUGAGAGACAGCGUGUUUCCAUUGUAUUAUUGUAAAUGUAUCCGUGUGUACAUUAUAUAUAUAUAUAUAUAUAUAUAUAUAUAUAUAUAUAUAUAUAUAUAUAUAUAUAUAUAUAUAUAUAAAUAUAUAUAAAUAUAUAAUAGAUAUAUUUGAAAAAAAAAAUGCUUUGCUAGUGCAGAAUUACAGUAUGUAAAUCCUUUAACGUGUGUAAGUGAUGCAGGGCGAUGUUUACAUGACCCCCGAAUUUCAAGUGUUUUCUUGGCAUUAUGUAUUCUGUAAUCUACCAUCAAAUUGUUUUUGCAUUACAAUUUUAAGUGGCUGUAUCAGCCAUCCUGUAUUGGCAUAUGAUACGCGUGUGUAACCCUUUAACUCUUACAAUAGGACAUGCUGAUCUUUUGACCUGGACGUUCCCAUUCCUUCCUCCGCUCCCUACACUGUCCUCACACUUGUUUUAGACAAAUUAUGUCAGUAUUUAAAGAUUUAUGCCAAUAAAAGUUGUGAAUGUACACUUUACAGUUA